AGCAACACCAUGCUUGACAGAACCAUCAAAGUUAAGUUUGACUAUUGACCAAUUGAAUUGAUAAACUCAAAUUUAUUGAAGUAGGCAGAAAGCUUAGAAGUAACAUUAUUUGCCUGACUAGAAUCAAGGAUCCUAGUAUACGCAGAACACCUAACCUCAGGGGUAUGCACCUGAGCUAGAAAACCCGGCCAGGAACUGCCCCGACUAUUCCAGCCAAGCAUUCUAAUGACAAAAAAUAGCAAAAACCCUCUCUAAUUCUCCGGUUCAAUUACAGCACUAUUAUAUCUAAACACUCACUGCUACUUACUCUUCGAUGCGGAAGCUCAAAACCACAGUUUGCCUAAUCACAGCCACUACUGCUGGCCUCACCUUCCAUGCCUUCAACCCUAAUUCCCUCUCCGAUUCCUCCCCAGACUUUCCCGACAAAAUUCGGACAGCCGUUCACGGCGUCGUUCGCUCUUCCCGCGCAAUCUCCACCAUUGCAUUGACUGCCGUUGACUACAAGUUCACCUUGCGUGGACUCCCCGUGGACUCAGAUGAGUACCGUCGCAAGCUAUCUGAGGUUCAUUUUCGAUCAGCUUGGAGAAUUCUGAAAUUGUGUGAAGCCAACAAAGGAUUUUAUGUGAAAGCUGGUCAAUUUGUUGCAGCUCUGCGUCAGGUUCCAAAAGAAUACUCAUCAACUCUUUCCUCAUUACAGGAUCAGGCAGUUCCUUGUCACUUUAAAGCUAUAGAAGAAGUACUAAUUCAUAAUCUGGGGCACAACCUGUCAGAUACGUUUUUGUCACUGGAUGAACAACCCUUAGCUGCUGCAUCAAUUGCUCAGGUACACAAAGCAGUUCUGAAGGAUCAUCAAGCAGUAGCAAUCAAGGUGCAGUACCCUGGUCUGGAGCAGCAAAUGAAACUAGAUACAACAACAAUGUAUUUCAUUUCAAAAUCCAUUACAUGGUUUUUCCCGGAGUACAGAUUUGGAUGGCUGGUAGCAGAGUUUGUGCAGGCUAUCUCUCUUGAGCUUGAUUUUAUUCAAGAAGCUGGAAACUCUGAGAGAACUGCCAAUAAUUUCAAAAACAACAAAUGGGUCAAGGUUCCUCAUGUAUUUUGGGAUUUGACAACUAAACAAGUUCUGACGAUGGAAUUCUGUACUGGACACAAGGUUGAUGAUGUAGGCUAUCUGAAGGAAAGGAAAAUAGAUCCAGUGAAGUAUGUAUUACAGGUGGCCAAAGUGUUGUUGGAAAUGUUUGCUGAAAUGAUUUUUAUCCAUGGUUUCUUGCACGGAGAUCCGCACCCUGGUAAUAUAUUAGUUUCUCCAGAAGGGCAGAAUGGCUUUUCUUUGGUUCUUCUAGAUCAUGGAAUAUACAAACAACUCAAUGAUAAAUUUAGGUUGGACUACUGUCAGCUCUGGAAGGCUCUAAUUCUUCUCGACUCAAAAAAGUUGCAGCAUUUGGGGGAGCAGUUUGGUGUUGCAAAGUAUUCUAAAUACUUUCCUGUCAUUUUUACAGGAAGAACUGUUGACAGUACAUCGGCUCUUGGGAAAGGAAUGUCAACUAAAGAGAGAAGGAAAUUAAAGCAAGAGCUGCAGUCCCUAAAGAUGGAGGACAUAUCUUCAUUUAUGGAAUCUUUACCUUCUGACUUCCUCACAAUAUUGCGUACAGACGGACUAUUGAGGUCUAUUGCUAGUAAGUUGGGCGCUUCACAAAGAGUCAGGAUACUAGCCUAUGCCAAAUAUGCACUAUAUGGUCUUUCCCCAAAGUUGAAUCCAGAAUCUGACAAUGUUAUUAAAGUAAAGUUCUCACAAUUGACAGCAUAUUUGAGUUACCUUCAGUUAAGGCUUAUUCUUGAGGUCCUAGAGCUGCUUUCUUGGUUAGCAAAGGUCAAGCAGUUUCUAUUUAAUUUUUAUGAAAAGACAGGUGGCGCCCUGGUGCUGUGAGGGAAAUCUUGAUUUUUUUGAAUGAUCUCAACCUAUAAAGGAGGUGCUGUUUUGUUCAUGAGAUUUCUUAAAUUUUGUGUCUUGUUUAUUCUGUGUAACAAGUCCAUUUUUUUAAAAAAGGGACCUGGACACGUUGUAAUUUCUUUUACCUCAAAUGAUUGAUAUUAGGAGAGCGGUUGGGAGAUUCAAACUCCCCCUUAAAUGUAAAAUUUUGAGGAUGUUGGUUGAAUCAGUAAGAACCAGUGGUGCCGUCGCGAUGUAUGCCAUAUAAUCAUGGAAUUAGCCAUUUUGGAAUUCUAAUAUAUAGUUUUACGUUUUUUA